CUGAUGUUGAGUAGACGCUUCCAAUAUCCUGUAAAUGACAUCAGCUUUUUGGUCUCACCACAGAGUUUUUUCAAAGGGAAAGUGUGGGCGCCGUGUUGGAUGGGCAACAAAUUACGCAGAUGGACGACACACCUGUUACAAAGCGUCGGCAUCUACAUGCACAUGUUCCCAACAGCCCAGUGCCAUUACAGCGAGAUGACCGUUUUUCACCCUCGGAAGGGGACUCUCUCAAAGGGCUGCGGUGUGGCCACCUACUGACAUUCCGCAAAACUGCACUGUUGGUGGGAGUCCUGGUGGUGCUGUACAAUGAGGUCCUGGUGUACUACAUCAAUAAGACCAGCUGGAAACUCCCUCCUGGUUUCUCACAGUUCAGGGAAGAUGACCAGAUAGUGCGACUUAUCAUUGCAGGGGAUCCACAAAUUCAGGGUUACCAGUAUGAAGUUGGAGGGUUUGUGGGUUGGAUCACCAGGUUGGACUCUGAUCGGUACCUCAGUAAGACCUUCCAUCUACUGUUGGACAUGGUCCAGCCUGAUGCUGUCAUCUUCCUGGGAGACUUAGAAGAUGAAGGGAGUGUUGCCUCUGAUGAGGAAUACUCCGACUAUGUCCAGAGAUUCUACCAAAUAUUUCACGUCCCAACAGAGACAAAGCUGAUUCUCCUUGCUGGGGACAAUGACAUCGGAGGUGAGGGUGCCGAUGUGAUCACACAGGAGAAGAUGCUGAGAUUUGAGAAGAAUUUUGCACCGCUAAAUGAGGUGGUGCGAGUCAAGAAUGUGGACUUCAUCAAGGUGAAUCUGGUUACUCCAUACCAGGAAGUACCUGCAGUUCCCCAGACCCAGCUGGUGUCCCAGCUGUCUGCACCUGUCAGGGUGCUCUUGUCACAUGUCACUCUAAAUGCCGCUCGACUACAGACUGCUGCUAAGAUCCUUGGGAGCUUUAUGCCACAAUAUGCUUUUUCUGCACAUUUUCACAAGUAUGAGAGGACAGCUUUCGACAUUACCAGAAUAAUGAAAAGUGCUGGACUGCCUUACUCAGCUGACCUGGGCAGGAAGCAGCUGGUCACACAGGAGAUUCAGGUGCCCACCUGCAGCUACAGGAUGGGAACAGCUGAAAUUGGGUACAUAGUGGUCACUAUAGACCAAGCCGGUGAGAUGAGUUCCUCCGUAGUGUGGCUGCCACGGCGAUACGUGAACCUUGGCGUGUACGUGGUCUACCUGAUCAUGGUGGUCCUCACCUGGCUCAUCCAGCAAGUCUGCCUCCCAUCCAAACGACAUCACAUGACAGGAUUAUGACACCAGUACCUGAAGCUGAAUGUUAAUAUCUGUUUAAAGACUAUAAUCUAGUUAUUUUCUCUGGGAAAGGAGGGUCACCUCCUGACGGGAGAUUUUUUAAAUGAUAUCCGAGUUGGCUGUUCACAGUUGUAUCUCACGAUCGGAUCAGUGGAUCGUUAUGUACUUUUGCACAGUAAUAUGUCACUCCCCCCCCCUACAUAAGCCAUGUUUCCAUCAUCUGUCGAUUGGUCUAUUCAGUCCUGUCUUUGUCAACAUCAUGCAUAUAUAAUCAUGUAAAAGCAAAAGUUAUCCAACUGAUCCACAGUAUUAGAACGAUUUCAGUCCAUUCCAAGUCACCAAGAGGGUUUUUGAAAGAUAUUUGCAUAAGUUUGAACUAUUUUAGAUAGAAGAAUAUUUUAGUCACAAGAGUUAGAUAAAGUUUGAACAUGACUUUGAAUGUAUCUCAGCGGUCGAAAUACUACCUGCAUAUGCAGGUUAGUGCAGGUAAAAUUGGAGCUGUGCAGGUAUUUCUGGUGUCUACCUGCACCUAACCUGCACUGGUCCAUGUACUGGGGUUUAUAUAUAAAUGUCAUAUGUUGGUGUAUAUGUUUUGUUACCAGCUUGAUUGUAUAUUUAUUUAUUUUAUUAAGAUUACCACCUGUAAAGUAUAAAAGAAAAUGUACAAUGUAGCAUCUUAGUAUGACUCAUACUUCCUAAAUUCAGAGUGGUGCAGGUAAAAUUUGUCUGGUGCAGGUAAUUUUCAAUGUUACCUGCACCAGUGCUGGUAUGAGGAAAAAAGUGUUUUGAGCCCUGUAUCUAUAACAUGUUAUAUGUUGAAAACAUGAAAGUAACAUUACAAACAUCUGUUUUUAUACACUGACAGAACAUGUUCUGACCAUUCGCAUCAUUUUGGAAAUUGUUACCCGAUAUUGCCUCAUAGCAGUAGGUGAUAUCUGGGCUCCACUUUCUGCUUCAUAUAUUUUAAGAUUUUAGCUGGACAUUUGUGGCUUUUUUGUGAUAAGCCAUCUAUGCAUGGCAGACAGACAUAAUUCCCUGUACUUGGGGAUGUUUGCAUUGCACCCCUCCCAACCCACUGACUUAGUUACAAAAUGUUGCAUCAUAUUAGCACAUGUUAGACCAAAAUGGUGAAUCUAUGUUGGAACAGUUUAGAACCUACUACCAAUAAUUUAUUUCAUGUUAGAAAUGUUUGGAAAAUGUUGAAAUAUGGUUGGACAUAUUGAGAAAGUCAAACAAAGGUUAGAAACUGUUCAAGCAGUUACUUAUCUCAGAUUGUUUUAAAAGUUUCAAAAAUGUUAGAACAAAAGGCAAUAAACACAAUUGUGUACAUGGUAAUAAGAAAUUGACUCUCUCUACGUGAUUACAAUAAUCAUUAUACUACAUAUUAGAACAAAUCGUCUCACAGGUGUGUAUGGCAACAUGACACGCUUUUCGCGUGCUCAAACUCAUGGCACUACAACUCUAGUUGCCAGAGAGUGCUAAAGAUCUGAUGACUUAAAGUUUAAACAUUUGUUUAAUGUACAUACUUGUAUGAGGAAUACAUCCAUACUGUUCAUGAGCCCUUCAUAUUCCAUGUUAUAAUCAGCAAACGCUGUGAGACAUUUUCGUGAAUGUACCUUACAAUUUUGUGCUCUGCAGACAGUAUUCCCUAACUUGACACGGUUUUGUAAUUUUGCUCUCUUGGGAAGUUGGUGAUGAAUGCAAGUAAACAUAAAUAAACAAUGA